CAGCAGAGAGAAGUGUGUCGUCACACAACACUUUGCGGAUCACUGUUGGGCCGGCAGAACAACGGAAACCAGAACUGAGGCUUGAUGACGAGUGAUGUCAGACUGCGGCCUUUUUUCUCAACAGCAGUUUUGGAUCUCUUCCUCAGGAUUUUGCGGUGCAGGUACUCCACCCUGGCACUGGCCGCCGCGCUGAAGAACUGCUCACACACCAGCAGCCUGAGCUGGGAGAGUUUGGCCGCCAUGAGCGUCAUGAGGAGCAGCGUGAGCAGGAUGGCGCUCAGCGGGAACACGGAGUCGUACAGCAGCAGCCGCGGCUCAGGCAGGCACCGCUUCUCAAACAAAGUCACGGAGGCUAUAAACACGGCGAGCACCAGGAAGCUGAUAACGGGAAACGUCCAGUCGGUCACGGUGGAGACCGUCUCCACCAGGAACUGGGCGUAUUUCACCGUCUCGUUCAGCCUCCGCUCGGCUUCACCGAUUGUCAACUGGAACUGCUCCGAUUCUAAUCUGGGGGAGACCUUGAGCUGCGAGUCGAGUCUCAGCACUCCUAAAUCCGUCACCCCUUUGAGCAUGUUCCCUAUCCACUUCAGCAUCUCGAUGUUACAAAUCAUGCUCCUGACCAGGCGGCUGAGGUUCUCCAGAGUGUUCCGGAUGUUCCGCAGAACGACCACGCUGGUCCCGGCGGUCAGCAGCAGGUUCCGACUCUUCUUCAUGAAAAUGGAUAUUACAAACAGAGCCCCGAAGCACCUUAUUCUCUUCGACAGGGAAAGGGCGACCGUCACUAAAAUCCCAAAACAUCCAGAAAACGCCACCGCCACAGCUGGUUGG